UUGACGCUCAGGAAGUGGACUAACCACCAAAAGAUUCCCGCAGAUUCGAUAUCGAUUGUCCCAAUGUUACAAACGUGUUCACACUGACCUAAACCUUUGAUUCAAUAUUUUUGGUGGGAUAUCCGAGACGAUAAUGCUGGAUGGUUGCGCUCAUGAAAUUCACCAGAGAUAUAUGCAGGCUGUUGGGACUCGGGAGCGGCCCCGCUGUCCAGCAGCAGGAGGAGCAGAUGGACUGUGGUGCCGCAAACUCUGACCCAAGCAAUGAUGCCACUUUGUCACAGGAUGCAUUAAAUGGAGAAGAGGAUUUGAGUGAGGAGGAGAAGGUCAGACGGAGGGCAGAGCGACGUAAAGCCAAGAGAAAGCGCCGUCGAAAACGUAAGAAGCAGGAGCAGGUUAAGCAAAAUGAGAGUGCUGAACGGGAUGAUGAAGACGAGGAUGGAGGUGCAGAGUCUGACCUGGACGACAGCGAGUCAGAAGCAGAAGUUGAUGCUGAAGAGGAGAAACCGAGAGUGCAAAAAGAGGAGGAGGAGGAGGAGGAGGAUGCAGCUGCUUCACACAAUCGCACCACCACUCCAGUCAUGGCUCCUUCAGGAAUCAAAGGACAUCAGAAGAACCCAGCGAGAUCCACGGAAGAGGAGCCAGAGUGGGAUGUGAGCAGUGCCUUCUUUGCUAAUGCUGCUAGCCAUAUCAAACCCAAAGGAACAAGUCGCAAGUCCAAAGAAAACAAGGAGAAUGAAGCCAGGAGAGAGACAAAUGGAACUGACACCAUGACUAAGAAAAGCGCAUCACUGACAGCAGAAAAAGGGAUAAAGCUGGUGCAAGAGGGGCAGUACGCACAAGCAGUCAGUAUGUUUACAGAAGCCAUUAAAUGUGAUCCAAAGGAUAACAGGUUCUUUGGGAAUCGUUCCUAUUGCUAUUACUGCUUGGAGCAGUACCCUCAAGCCCUGGCAGAUGCUGAACGCUCCAUUCAGCUGGCUCCAGACUGGCCCAAAGGACACUUCCGCCAGGGCAGUGCUCUCAUGGGCAUGAAGCGGUACAGUGAGGCAGAGAAGGCUAUGGAGCAGGUGCUGAAACUGGACAAAGACUGUGAGGAGGCUGUCAUUGACCUUUUUAACUGCAGAGUGCUGCAGUUAAUGGAUCUCGGUUUUGAAGAAGGGCAAAGCGUCAUGCUGCUGGAGAGAUUUUCAACUGUGCAGGCUGUUCUUGCAUCUUGUUCUGAUGCUGCCAGGGCUGGGAGCCAAGAUCCAUCAGUUAUGCAACCAGGAAGCCCUUGUCCAUCUCUGUGGGUGGGAAAUGUGACGACUGAGCUAACUGAGAAACAACUAUGGGACCUUUUUAAAAUGUAUGGGGAGAUAGAGAGUAUCCGUGUGCUGCAUGAGAGAUUCUGUGCCUUUGUCAACUUCAAGAAUGCAAACAUGGCCGCCCGUGCCAUGGAGAAACUAAAUGGUUUUUGUAUUGAGAACACACGUCUAGUAGUGCGUUAUCCUGACCGCCGCACUCAGAGGGUCCUUCCUAUUCCACUUAAGACCUGUCUCCCUGUCACACAGCAGGCAGGGGCAGCUGCUGGACCGCGACGACGUGGCCCAGUAAACGGAGACGAGUGUUACUUCUGGAGAACCACCGGUUGCCACUUUGGGGACAAAUGUCGCUACAAACACAUUCCUGAUCAGAAAGGCAAGGACAGGAAGCCCUGGCAGCCUUGAACUUAGCCUACUCUCUGCCCCAGUAGUAUGCAGGAAACCGGGACGCACAGACUGAGCCAAAGGAGCUGGCACUUACUGGACCAGGUUCUAAGGGCUAAAAAUAUUUACUGUAGCAGAAUGGACCAGAAUAGUCAAUGGAUCUUAGCCAACACUCAGGCUUUAAGGCCGGGAUCGUCACACAUGUGCCACAAAAGACUGGGAGUACGAAGGUUUUUUUUUCCUUUUUUUCCUUUUUUUUUCUUUUCUUUUUCUAUUAAGA